GUAUCAAACAUGAAUUAAAAUUAGAAUAUUUGUCUUGUAGAAAUAAAGUGAUAUAAUAAAGAAAAUAAAUGGGAACAUAAUCGAAAUGGCAGAAAGUGUUACUUUUACCGCAAAUCUUCAUUAUUUACCAUCAAUUUUUGAAGUUACUGCGUCAGAAUUUCUAGACAGUGUGUUGUAUCCAGCUUUGAGUAAAAUUUGUGAUUUUCUUGGGCUAAAAUUUGCUAUAAAAAACAAGUAUAUAAAAUUCAGUGACGAUGUUUCUCCAGCUAUUUCUCUAGCUUUACAGUACUUUUAUUUAAAAAAACGUGAUGCUUCAUUUGGUGAAAGUUUUUAUGGUUUACAAAGAAUAACAAGAAAUGAUACGUCACUUAAAAUGCAUUUUCAUUCAGCUCUAUUAUUAGUCUUAUUACCUUAUUUAGAAAAAAAACUUAAAACAAGAGCUGCUAAUCAUGAAAAUAGAAAUAUAAUGGAAAAGCUAUUAUUAAAUGGUAUUUAUUUCCUGCAAAUUCUAAAAGCAAUCAACAUAUUAACUUAUCUUGUUAAAAUCAGCUCAACGCAUUCACCAAUAUUCCACAUAUUAGGUCUUAAGUUAUCAUACAGUCAAGGGACAGAAGAAAGGGCAACAUCUAUAAUAUUGAAAUCAGUUGAAUUUUUCGCAUUUUUUUUACAAUUUAUGCAGUGGUGGUACAUACGUCCUGAAAGCAAUAAUAUUGGAAAUUUAAAGAAUCCACCUUGUUUCAAAAAUACAGAAAUUAAUAUCCUAGCUUUAAAUAAUAAAAAUGAAUGUCCAAUUUGCUUGCAAAUACCUAGCAUUCCAACAGCUAGCGGCAUAUCGGGAUAUGUAUUUUGUUGGAAAUGUAUAGCUACGCAUUUAGAAAAUAGGAAAAUUUGUCCAGUAACAAGCCUGCCAAUGAACAUUAAUGAUUUAAUAAGGAUUUAUGAUAAUUAACUUAAU